AUGAUCGCUCAAAAAGAGUUCAACUCGGCUGGGCGUCUAAUCUUCCUCGAGACGAUCCGAAUAGCGCGCAUCAUGCGCCCGUAUGCCAAAUGGGGCUUCUACGGGUUCCCCUACUGCAACUACGACGCCGGCCAUAAUGGCGAAUUCACCUGCGCCGACAAUUUUCAAGCGCACAACGACGAUUUGGCCUUCAUCAUGAAAGCCGGCAACGCGCUGUUCCCCUCCCUCUACCUGGGCGACAAUCGAGCCCACCGGAACUUCAGGUAUAUUCAAGCAAUCCUCGCCGAAUCUCGGAGGAUAGCCCUCACAGCCGAUCACCCCCUCGACAUCUAUCCGUACAGCAAAUUCGAAUACGACCCCUACGACGAAAUGAGGAUAGAAGAGUUUUAUGAAAAGCGAGAUCUCUGCAACUCUAUAAAGCAAAGCGCUGACGCAGGGACAGCCGGGAUAAUUCUGUGGAGCACGUCGAAGCGGAUGUGGAAGCCGAGAUGCAGCAUGAUUGGGGAUUUUGUGGAGCGCACGCUUGGACCUACCGUCAGCUUGAUAGCCCAUCGUGCCCGGAAAUGCUCAAGAAAGCUCUGUAACGAUCGAGGACGCUGUGUUCUUGAGGGCCCCUCCGAUCGCUGCGUUUUCCGAAUGAUACCCAGUAUGUAUCGAUGUGAAUGUGAUCCACAAUACACAGGCGAAUUCUGCGAAAAGCACGUCCGGUUCCCCUGGUUCGCCAUCGACAACAGCAUCUACGGGCAGGAGGACGAGGUGUUUGAUGAUGAGCCCCUCACGAACACCUUCUUCAAA